GAGGAGGAGGAGAGUCCUAGUUGGUGACCACCAAAGCAUAGAUGUGUUGCUACGCGACAAUAAACUCAAGAUAAAUAGCUUUAAAAAUAAAAUAGGGCUUAGAGAAACGGACUUAAAAUAAGAUAUUUGGCACUAAAGCCCUUUAAGUCACUUUAAUCACCAGGCAAAGCUGCAAGGAGCCCAUUUUAAGAGUCAGGGAGGCGAAGACAGGCGAGGCCCGAGAGGGCGUGACGGGGGGGGGAGAAGCAGGCUAUGCACCAGCCUAAGCCGGAGGUCAAGAAAAAAAGCUCCACGUUAGUGAAAAGGUGAAAAAAAAAGAGCCCUCUUUGUGGGCUCUGGGGAGAAUGUGAAGUGGGCCUCAUCAUCAUCAUCAUCCCAAGACGAGAUGCUCUCCCAGGUGAUGUGCAGGAGGGGCGGCUGCAGGCUCCAGGCGGACACCGCAGACGCCCCCCGCAGGAACGCCGCCAACCGCGGCAAGCGAGCGCUCCAACGGCGGCCGGCGGCCCCGCUGAGAGGGACCAAGCAGCAUCCCCCGAGGAGGGGCCUGCGAGCCCGGGGCAUGCGGGCCCCUCAGAACACCAACCAGUUCCUCAUGCACGAGAAGUACCAGAUGAUGCACAUGCGCUCAGACUCGGUGGGCAGCGACAGCGGGAGCUGCUCGGACACGGACUCUGAGCUCACGGACAUGGACUCGUACCUGGGCGCCCUGGAGAACGCCAGGGGAGCCAUGCUGGACGGCCCCCAGGACGCACCGAGGACCGGCGGGGGCCAGGUGGCGCAGGAGGACGACAGCAUGCAGUAUUUCCCCUCCGAGGACGACCUGCUGCAGAGUCACAACUUCAUGCAGAAAGACUUUGCAGAGUUCUGCGACUUCUUCACCUUUUGAAGCGAGGACUUGGAAUGUGAAGACAAGGUUUGAAGUCCGUCCUCGACAGGACAGAACAUUGUGCUUUGAACGGGGCGACUUUUUUUUAUUGAAAGUGUUCAUUUGUUUGUGCGUUUGUGUAUAAAUGGCAGGAAUGUAUAAAUAAACACAAUGUUGUUGUUGCUGGUGCACAAAGGAUGGUGGGCGUGGGCUCCAGUGGCCAAUCAGCAUCCGGCUUCCUCA